GUGCCAACUAGAGCUGCUGGCAAUUAUAAGACACACAUUUCUGCUUUGAGAUGAACACGUAGAGAUGAACCAGUUCCUAGCUUUCAAUAAUCAAAGUUAGGAAUGUGGAGAGUUCAGGACAGAGGAUGCUUCGGGAUUUUGUCGAUCCCCGUGAUGGUGGCCAUGGUUUGCUAUGCCCAGAGAGUUAACGAGUCCAACAACAUGUCAUAUGUGAAAGACACCGUGGAUAACUUGCUGAAAGGAUAUGACAUUCGAUUAAGACCAGAUUUCGGAGGUCUCCCUGUGGACGUUGGUAUGAACAUAGACAUUGCCAGCAUAGACAUGGUCUCUGAAGUCAAUAUGGAUUAUACUCUGACAAUGUACUUCCAGCAGUCCUGGAGAGACAAGAGGCUUUCAUACUCUGGAAUACCUCUGAACCUCACUCUAGAUAACAGAGUGGCUGACCAACUCUGGGUUCCCGACACCUACUUUAUUAAUGACAAAAAGUCAUUUGUGCAUGGAGUUACAGUGAAAAAUCGAAUGAUUCGUCUGCACCCAGAUGGCACAGUGCUGUACAGCCUGAGAAUCACAACGACAGCAGCAUGUAUGAUGGAUCUGAGGAGGUACCCCUUGGAUGAGCAAAACUGCACACUUGAAAUAGAAAGCUAUGGGUACACAACGGAUGACAUUGAAUUUCAGUGGACAGGUGGUAACUAUGCAGUCACAGGAGUAGAGAAGAUUGAACUGCCGCAGUUUUCCAUUGUCGAACACAAGCUGGUUUCAAAGCGAGCAGUUUUUGCUACAGGUUCUUAUCCAAGACUAUCACUGAGUUUUCGACUGAAAAGAAAUAUUGGCUAUUUCAUCUUGCAAACAUACAUGCCCUCAAUUUUAAUCACAAUUUUGUCCUGGGUGUCCUUCUGGAUCAAUUAUGAUGCUUCUGCUGCAAGAGUUGCAUUAGGAAUCACAACUGUACUUACCAUGACAACUAUCAGCACUCACCUCAGGGAAACCCUUCCCAAGAUCCCCUAUGUUAAGGCUAUUGACAUUUACUUAAUGGGUUGUUUUGUCUUUGUAUUCCUGGCUUUAUUGGAAUAUGCCUUUGUCAACUACAUAUUCUUUGGAAGAGGACCACAGCUUCAGAAGAAAGCAACUCAGAAACCAACACAGCCCCACACGAAAAGCAGACUUGGAACCAACAAAACUCAGGUGGAUGCUCAUGGAAAUAUUCCACUAACAACUCUUGAAAUUCGGAACGAAGUGAAAGCUUCUGAGGUGUUCACGAAUAUCAAUGAUCCAAGAGCGACCAUGUUUUCUUAUGACAAUACCAACAUCCAAUACAGAAGGCCAGCUACCAGCAGAGAUGGCUUUGGUAGAAGCACACUAGAAAGGCACACAGUUCAGAAGAAGGGACGCUUACGGCGACGAACAUCACAACUGAAAAUUAAAAUCCCAGAUUUGGCUGAUGUGAAUGCCAUAGACAGGUGGUCACGGGUGGUCUUUCCUGUUACAUUUGGGUUUUUUAACUUGGUGUACUGGCUGUACUAUGUGCACUAACUCAGACAGUAUGUACAGUACAGAUAGGAUUCCUUCUUUCUUUUGAUUUCAUUUAUUAACCCUUAAAGAACUGUAGUAGCAAAAUAGCAACAAGUUCAAGGUAAGAUAUUCAGCUCUUAUAUUAUUGUGGGGAUUAAAUACAUAAGCGUAUUUGCCAAUGAACUUGUGUCUAGUUAGGAUGAAUAGUUCAGUUUUGAAAUAAAUUGCUUUCAUUCGAUGCUUAACUCCUAAUGACAGCUAUUCAAUAUCUUCUGCUUUGAAAGAUUAGGGUUGACAAUAAUGGUUAAGAUAGUGGCCUCAUCCACCAACUUUCCAACUGGAAAAAUGGUGGCAACCUUGUCAUAGCUGCUUUUGGGAGCCCUGACACGAUGACAUUCAGCAGGUAACUGUUGCCAGGGCUCCCAUACCUUGAGAAUGAAAGAGCUGCUGGCCAAUUGGCUGCAGUUUUCCACCUAACUGUGGAGCUGUAGCCAGGAAGGAGGGCCCAGGAGGCGGGUACGGUGAUUCACCAAAGCCAGUGGACAAACCUUGGUAGCGAGACAGUGAGCAAAGAUUGGGGGGUGCACAGGAGAAAACCAGUUCCCUUCAUUUAAAUGUAGGCUCAGAAAGGUCCCAGACCACCUACCCACCUGAAGGCCAAUUAAUCCCUUUAAGUGGCCAAUUGAAGGACUUGGUUCAUUACUACUGGCGACAUUUUACCAGGGGCAAGUGAGAAUGCUCAAGUCACAUGGGAGGGCCACCCACUAUACCCUGAGGGUUCAGGGACUGGAGUGGAGGCUUCUGCGAAACUGUACCCUAUGGAGAGCCCCACCAAAGACAAGAAUGUCUGCCACUGAAAAAUGUUCCCUUCUCCCCAAACUGACAUCUUAAACACACACCAGACAUUAUUGUCUGACUGACUGUAAAGAGCCUGCCCUAGUUAUCUAACUCUGCAUCACACACUCCCUCCCCCACCCACCAUGGCUGCGACUUAAGGUUUCCUGCAGAACCAGUAGUGACAACUACUGCUGGCGGUGAAGAGUUGUCAGCCCUCUGAUUGGUGAACAGAUUUGUGGGGGAGGAAAUAAUCAUCUUCUUUAAAAGUUCGGAAAUACUGAGCUGCCUGAUUAACAUUUAGAUUCAUCUGGGCUCCCCAGAAAUGCAAUGGAGUUGCCACCAUCUUUCCAGCUCGUGAUUAAGACCACCAGUAUUGACAUUAAGCAUAGCUGGUGUAUGGCAUCCCACUACUAUUAGAAAACCAAUGAUAAUGUGUUGACGCACAAGUGGCAAUUGACUGUGUACUGAAUGGUCUCUGUUUUCCCACUGGACAGGAUGACUAUUCAUGACCAUUCCCAUCCUGCUAGGACAUUAAAUACCACACAUUGUGUCUGAUUAGGAAUCAAAUCACUUUAUUCCUUCAUAAAGUGUAUGAGCAUAUGAUCUUCAGACUUAAUUUUCCCUUCUUACACAUGCAGGAAAAUAAAAAACACUAGCUAGAAAUUACUAUUCACAGUUUUAGCGUGUGAAUGCUGUCAAAUAUUUUUCAGUAUUACCCAUUUCAUUUGAAAUGAAUUGUCUUCUGCAAAAUGACAGCAAUUGCAAUGUGUGUGUCAGCUAAUGUUGGCAAUAGUAUUUUCUAGGCCACAUUGGGUAACUGGAAAGAGAGUGUCAGGUUUGGCAGACUGGAUGAGUGGAUGGCUGUGAAGGUUAAACUGUUAAGUUUGAGCAACUUAACCAGCACCCAACUAUAAUUCUCUCCUUAUGAUAUCCUCAGCACUCAGGCUCGCACAAAAUCCUGUUGGCAGCUCUAAUAUCCUUGCUCUGCCCCAAACCUAACUGCAACCUCAAUACAACCCAAAACCUUCAUGUCCUCACUUCCACCAAAGUCCCAGUGGUAAAUCCAAAGAUACAGGCCUGAUAUCCAAGUUCAUUUUUUACCCCCACCCUGCAGUCCUAAUCAGAGCCUGGCACCUUUAGCUUCUACUGACAAGAGAAAAAGUGCCCAUGGAUCUCUGGCUGUCUGCCUUUGUUUUUGCAACCACCCAGCUGCCAAGCUGCCAAUCACCACCAAUUAAAGGAGGUCCUUUAAAAUGUGACACCAUGCUCCUUCUCAAAUCACCCGCCACCUAAUUAAUAUCUGGAUUCUGCACAAAAAAAAACUAUUUUCUAAUCAACCUGUUCAGAAAUGUUGUUACAACACCUCUGGAACAGAUGGGACUUGAACCCUUAUGAGAUACACUCGGACUCUGCUUAUUGGACCAGAUUUUGCUGGUUUUUGUUCUGCUCUGUUUUUGUAUUAUUUUUAACUAUUUUGUUUUAGGAGAAUUGUUUUAUGCUUCCUCAUGCAACUGCAUUUUUACUACAUUUCCAACAUGUUUUUAUUUAGUUUUACUGGUCUACAUACUUGUUAUCAGUGCAAUUGGAUGGGCCGUUUUAUAUAUUUACAAACUUCAUAGUUAACUUACAGCUGUUACAACAUGCAUUUUUUAUAGUGUAGUGAUUGUUCUGGCUUAAAAUAUAUCGAAACAUAGGAUAUAUAGAACGUACUCAUCUCUCCCAUGUUUAUAUAUCAAGCUAUUUUCAUUUAUAGGUAAAAACAAUGACUGCAGAUGCUGGAAACCAGAGUCUAGAUUAGAGUGGUGCUGGUAAAGCACAGCAGUU